GGUGUGGGGUCGGUCCCCGGUGUGGGGCUCGCGCCGCCGCGCCCCGGACCCCGCUUGGGCGCCGGCUUAGAGCGCGGGGAGCCGGGGCCGGCAGUCGCCGGGGCGGACGUACCCGGGAAGAGCCGGCGCGCCCCGGGGAAGCCUGGGCAGCCCGCUCCCCAGCCGCCAGGUGCUGGGUCCGGCGCCGAAGGGCGAGUGCGGCCGUCUUGGAGCGCCUGGGCCACGGCGGCGGCCCCGGGAGCAGAGGUGGAGCCACCCCAUCACGCUAAAGAUGAAAGGCUGGGGUUGUCUGGCCCUGCUUCUGGGGGCCCUGCUGGGAACUGCCUGGGCCCGGAGGAGCCAGGAUCUACACUGUGGAGCUUGCAGGGCUCUGGUGGAUGAACUAGAGUGGGAAAUUGCCCAGGUGGAUCCCAAGAAGACCAUUCAGAUGGGCUCUUUCCGAAUCAAUCCAGAUGGCAGCCAGUCAGUGGUGGAGGUGCCUUAUGCUCGCUCAGAGGCCCACCUCACAGAGCUGCUAGAGGAGGUAUGUGACCGGAUGAAGGAGUAUGGGGAACAGAUUGACCCCUCCACGCACCGCAAGAACUACGUACGUGUAGUGGGCCGGAAUGGAGAAUCCAGUGAACUGGACCUACAGGGCAUCCGAAUUGAUUCAGACAUCAGUGGCACUCUCAAGUUUGCGUGUGAGAGCAUUGUGGAGGAAUAUGAGGACGAACUCAUUGAAUUCUUUUCCCGAGAGGCUGACAAUGUUAAAGACAAACUUUGUAGUAAGCGAACAGAUCUAUGUGACCAUGCCCUGCACAUAUCGCAUGAUGAGCUAUGAACCACUGGAGCGGCCCAGACUGGCAGGCUUGAUGGAUCACCCCCAGGAGGGGAAGAGGGUGGCAAUGCCUUUUAUAUUAUGUUUUUACUGAAAUGAACUGAAAAAUUGUGAAACCCAAAGUA